UGAGAGUAAUACGGUAACGGUAUGUAGAUACUGGACGUGAUUGGCUACUGCAGCUUGCGGACUGGAAACCCCCUGAAAGAUCAGCUUUGAAAGAAACGAAAGUUGAGCCUAACUAUUGAUGCUGUUCAGCGUGGUGCUGAGGAAAAAAUAAACACAAAAGAACAGGAAAAGAAUAAGACAAAGUGAGCCUGCUUUUCAAGACACUGGUCCUGCUUCAACAGUGAUCCUGCGUCAAGUAAAGCUUAGCAGUGUUUAGCAGUCUUCAACUUGAUCCUGCGUCUGGGAAGCUUAGCAGUGUUUAGCAGUCUUCAACAGUGAUCCUGCGUCUGGGAAGCUUAGCAGUGUUUAGCAGUCUUCAACUUGAUCCUGCGUCUGGGAAGCUUAGCAGUGUUUAGCAGUCUUCAACAGUGAUCCUGCGUCUGGGAAGCUUAGCAGUGUUUAGCAGUCUUCAACUUGAUCCUGCGUCUGGGAAGCUUAGCAGUGUUUAGCAGUCUUCAACAGUGAUCCUGCGUCUGGGAAGCUUAGCAGUGUUUAGCAGUCUUCAACUUGAUCCUGCGUCUGGGAAGCUUAGCAGUGUUUAGCAGUCUUCAACAGUGAUCCUGCGUCUGGGAAGCUUAGCAGUGUUUAGCAGUCUUCAACAGUGAUCCUGCGUCUGGGAAGCUUAGCAGUGUUUAGCAGUCUUCAACAGUGAUCCUGCGUCUGGGAAGCUUAGCAGUGUUUAGCAGUCUUCAACAGUGAUCCUGCGUCUGGGAAGCUUAGCAGUGUUUAGCAGUCUUCAACAGUGAUCCUGCGUCUGGGAAGCUUAGCAGUGUUUAGCAGUCUUCAACUUGACCACAACGCUGAAGUGAGAGCAGAACAUGGACGUGGUUGUGCGCCAUAACCACAGAGGACACCAGGAGUUUGCUGUCCAGGCCGAGCACUUGAAACUGCCGUACCUAGGACUGAGACUGAAAGCUCAGGGCAUUCACAACAAGUACCUCUUCAAAGACAACAUCCCAGAAUACCCAAGGCCAGAGUUCUGGGUUUCCCAUCUCAGACACGACACGGAUGAAGGCGGGCUAUUUGGCAUAGCCGUCGAAAGCGAAGGGGGGUUCUGUGCUAGGGACCGAGAAGAGGGGCCAGAGGACCCAGAAGAGGGGCCAGAGGGUUUGGACCUGCUGUGGUGGAGCUUGUCUUUGGGAGCAGAGGAGAUGGCCUCGGCUGAACAACGUCUGCUCCAGACCAGGUACCCUGACAGGACAGAGGAGCAGGCCAGGGAGCAGAAAUCCUUCCUGCAGAGGUUCGCCACCUCACCUGCCUUCCUGAACACCUCUCGGCUGGGCUCCUACCGCUUCACCUUCCCCCUGGAGGAGCUGCUUAAGAGAUACCGGGAACAGCUAUGCGAUGGACACGAGCCAAUCCUGCGUGUGUAUGAGACAGUCCUGUAUAAACAGGAGGUGAUGUACUCAGUGCUAGUCCACAGUCACUUCAACAACGACCUCUUUGAGAAGUACCCUCUCCUCCAGGACAAUGACGAUGGAGUCUGCGCUUACAGAGAUGGACAAAUCAUUUGGAGACCCGAGGCCAUGUGUGAGACACACAGCUUCAAACUGGUGCCAAAGCCCUACCAGAACCAGAAUGUAGCCCACCUGAUCCCUGAUCCACAGAAACACCAGUUCUACAUUUGGGACAACAUUGCUGUAGCGUUCCACAUGGGCGAUUCACAGAUGUUGAACUUCGAUAUGUACAAUUUGAGAGGCCAUCUGAGAUUCUGUGAGCCAGGAACGCCACCAAUUUCCCCCACCUGUGAGUUCACCACAUACGAGGAGGCCAAAGACAGGGUAGACUGCUAUUGGCCUUACUACCAUACCCCCCUGUUCUGAUAUACUUACUACUACACCCCCCUGUUCUGAUAAACUUACUACUACACCCCCUGUUCUGAUAAACUUAAUACCACACCCCUCUGUUCUAAUAAACUUACUAUCACACCCCCCUGUUCUGAUAAACUUACUACCACACCCCCCUGUUCUGAUAAACUUACUACCACACCCCCUGUUCUUAUUUCUCCUAUUUCUUGAUUUGUUGUUUGGAUUGUUUUCAUGAUUGUGUAUUUGGAUUGUAUUUGCGAGACGUUCUACUGCACUGUUGGAGCUAGUAACAAAAUAUUUUCCAUGCACCUGCCAUAACACCUGCAAAUCUGUGUACGUGACCAAUAAACUUUGAUUUGAUGAUGAUUUUGAAGUCAGGUAAAGUUAAAAUUGUUAUUCUUUCAACAUGCUUCACUGGUUUAAACCCAGUAAGCUACAUGUGUUUUUGUUAGUCAGCAUUAGUACAUUCUUUGUCAGGAUUGAGAAAAUAUUGCUUUUGUUAGUCAGCAGUACUAUAUUGUUUGUCAGGAUUGAGAAAAUAUUGCUUUUUUUAUUUUUGUGUCUUUGCUCUACAAGGAGCUAAAAGGACUCAAUUAUUUUUGUUAAGUUAGAAUUUGAAAGAAAAUAAAUCUUCUACAUUGGGACUAAACUA